UUUCACUGUAGACCAUUCUACAUGACUGGACUUUCCAGGGUCGAUAUGGCUGCUUCACAGAUAUACAUUUGGACAUUUACUAUUUUCAUUUUUCCAAUUCUAACUUGGGGAUUGCUGUCUGACUUCAAAAUUUGUGGCGACUCUGAAUGUGAAAGCUUGCUGAGUCGGGUCAGGGCCACAAGAGAUCACAGAGGAAAGGAUUGUAGAUUCCUGAACUUCAAAAAAGGGGAUGUGAUAUUUGUUUACCACAAACUCUCUGGCAAAAGAGAUGAUCUAUGGGCAGGAAGUAUUGACAGACGAUUUGGUUAUUUCCCAAAAGACGCUGUGAAAGUUGAUGAAAUUUAUGCAAACACAGAGAAAGAAGUGGCCACACAGAAACAAGACUUCUUCUGCAUAGAUGAGUAUGGCUCAUUAAUUGAUAAUGACUCCAGUGAGUGGGACAAUGAAGAAAAUCUAGUUUCAGAAUUUCAGGAAAUCGCAGCCAAUGAUGCUCAGGAUUCUAAAACCUCCAAAGAUGCCUUUCUAUCCCAAAGUUUUGCACAGAGCAGUGAUGAAACAGGAAACAAAGAUGCCAAUCAGGCUGUAAUGGAAUACUUCUCUGAUGAUACCAAACCUGCACCUAGCGAACAAGGUGGGUCUCAGUGGAUUGGCUCUACAGUAACUGGAUGGCUUAGUUUAGGUGGUGAAAGACCUGAUGAUAAUCCCAAAGAAGACAACCCAGAACAAGAGUCUUUCAGGAGCAGGAAACUUGCUUUGGACAUUGAUGCGAACCAAUUGAAGGAAGAGACGAAAAAUACUGAAAACUCUGGCUGGUUUGGAGAUGGACUGACUAGCGCCUUUGGUUUUGGUCAUAAAGCUCCAGAGGAGGAGAAGCCCAUUGAAAAAGAAGUGGAAGAGCAACCCCCACCCUCUAAAUCCUGGCUGAAUAUUGGCAUUAGAGAUGUCUUACAUUUUGGUCAAUCUAAUCAGGAUAAAGUUGAAGAGAGAAUAGAAGCAGCAGGCAGAGAUGAAUCGACAGGCACAAUAGACCCACAGGACGUUGGCACAAGUCAGUCUCAUCAUGAUGCCACAGUGGAGCAAAUAAAAGAAACAGAGAACCAGAGAGAUGAUAACACUGGUAAGAAGGCAGAGAGAACAGAGACACACCCCUCAAAACCUGUUAAGGAUUAUAACCAAGAGGACCGUCAUAGUCAGGAAGAAGAUGGUGAGUUAAGAAAAGAGAAAGAUGCAGGGUGGUAUGGUAGCAUAUAUAACAAUAUUGUAGGCCUUUAUGGAGAACAGAGUGAUGUUGAGGAGGAGGAGGAUAUACUUAUAGCUGAGGAUGAAGAGGAUAAAGAUAUCAACCUUCAGUCAGAAACAGAAACAGAGUCACAGUCUGUGUUCUCAUCCAUGUUUGACACUCUGGUAUCACCGUUUCAGGCCGAUACAACUAACAAUUAUAAAAAUGCCCAAAGUGAUGAGGUAACAGAUAUAAAACCGGCAGAAGCAGAUGGAGAUACAGAGAUCUCCCUUACUUCUCAGAUGGCUAUCCCAUAUGAUUCUACUGAGGCUUCUGUAGGUAGGAAGGAUGAUAAUGAUGGUAAUGACAGCAAUGAGGCUCUACAUCCCCCUCCAUUAGAAAUAGAUAAGGUUCAGAGUGCCAAUAAAAUACUUGAAACUAGCAAGUAUAUGUCUUUGUCCCACGACCCUCAAUUACAAGACACAACCGGAAUAGUGAAUCUUGAAGAUGAUGCUGAAAAAUCUAGAGCUGAGAUCAAUGAAAAUGAUGAGCACAAUUCUGCAGGUAGAUUAGACCUAGAUGAUGUCACUACUAAUGAACCUGUCAGUUCCCAAGGAGAUGUAGAGCCAAAGCAAUUAGUGUCGGACCCCAAACCAGACAAUGAAGAGGACUUGAAAAUAUCAACUGUGCUCCCCGAAGCGCUUUUGCAUGAUAGUGAUGAGAAUGCCCUUAAUCACCAUCAAGAGAGUKCWGCUGCUGACCUUGCUGAAAAUAACCUGGAUGACUUUGAGACUGAUCAUUCAGUUGGUCAGGACGCUUUAGAAGGAUCAGGGAUUCCAAAUCUCUUUGAUUCGAUUCCUAUUCAGACAAAAGCAGGAACACUGGCAGAGGAGCUACCUGAUGUAUCAGAGGAUACGUCUGUAAUGCAUGCUGAGGUGGAGGACAUUGACAUUGACACUACAGGUAUUGAAGUGGUAUCCUCCAAUCAGAAAGGAGACGACAGUAUUCUAGUGCCUCAGAGACCAGCAGAAGAGGACAGUGGGGACAGAGUAGGGAUGCUAUAUGGUCAGACAAGCAUGCCAGGUACAGAGGAUGCUUCAGUGCUGGAGGAGGUCACACAGACACCUGACCCCCAUCUGCAUGAUGCUCAGGACCCUCGCAUAGCUGAACUUAUCCUGAACCUAUCUUUAGUUGAACCUGUCAUAGUUGAUCCAGUCAUUGAAAAUGUAUCAGGAGAGGAAGGACAUCAUUUGAUUACCUCAAGUGGGGAUGGGAAAAGUAAGGACAAGAAUAAGAAUACAUUAGAGGUACCAAAUAAGAAUGCUCAUGUUGGAGACAUAGAUUCAGUUUUGCUGAAAGACUGGUUAUCUUCUAACUAUGAGGAAAGUAAUUCCAAUGUAAUGGAAGUUGUUGAUCAAGAGGAAUUUUCCUCCUCUGAUCAUUUCAAGGAGUGGCACGUUGAGGCCGAUCCUGUAGAUAACAUAGGGUUGAUAAACAUUACCCUUGACCCAGUGUUAGACUCAACUAUACUAAAUGCUGACACUACAAGUAACAAUCUUCUAUCUGAUAAAGGUAAUGAUGAUGGGGAACGUUAUAUUGUGGACAAAGCAUCUGAGAUAGAGGAAGCAGAUUCAACUAAUGAAGUUACUGAGAUAGAGGGGCUAGAACCAGGGAAAAUAGUUGAAGUUGAGAGAGACCAUGGGGAUCAAGCAACUCUCCCUACACAUGUCUUUGAAAAUACACAGAGCAGUUCCGGACCUGAUGCUAAAAUUGAAAUGUAUCCUGACAGCUCAGAGCUAGUUCCCCCUGAGACAGAAAUAGGAAAUGAACAACGACAGACAGAAAUCCUUGAGGAGGCAGACACAGAAAACAUGUCAGUAGAAGAUUUCAUUCAUGUCCACAGGGAGUCCCAUGAAUCUCAAAAAGACAGUGAUGAGAAAAACGUCCCGAAUGAUAGAUCUGGGAUGACGAGUGACCAGACGACAGCAAUUGAGGACAAUAAUCUGCCGCUAGAUAACAGGAAUCACAUCUCAUCAGUCAGUAGCCAAGAAGUACAUUCAAAAGGGACCAAAGGAUUGUAUAAUGAGAUCACUCUAGAAAACGAGAGAGCACAGGAAUUAGGCCUACAGGAUAGGGAAACCAAUGAUGGACGAAAUAGCUUUGAUCAGUCACAUGCAGUUAGUCAGCUUUCCCCCACUGAUGAAGCUUAUGAUGUCAUUACUCAGUCAGAGAGAACAAUAGACCAUGAUACAUUGUGUUCAGGUGAGAAUUUCCUCUCAGACAGUUGGUCUAAUUAUCAAGAAGCAACAGAUGUAAAGAGCACAAUUAGUGAUGAAGAUAGGCAGCAGGAUUUUGAAAACGUGGACGUGAUUGAGAAGGAUGAUUUUGAGAAAAUCAGUUAUCGGGAUAUUGAAUCUAUUCGCAAUGUUGAAAGAGAGGGUGAGACUUCCACUUCUCACAGUGAACCCCCUGAAAAGCAAGACAUGCCAUCUGACCAGUAUUCAGUAGGGCCCCCUCAAGAGGAAAUCACGGACACAUCAGUCAACAAGGGUACUAGGAGUUUCUUUGAAAAUGCUAUGGACUUUGUGAUCCCAAGCACUGACUCCAAAGACUUAGAAGACCCAGAACCAAAGGGGCAAGAAGAGGAGGAACAAGAACCUCCACCUGUUCUUCCUUACCUGGACCUCCAUGAACCAGAACCACAGUCUCAGUCAACCUCAGUAGAAGACUCGCUGAAAGCUACAGCAUUUUUGAAAGAAUACAAGAAUAUCCAAAAGCAAAUCAGCGCAGAUGAAAUAACUACUUUGUUGGACAUGUUUGGGAAGCACAAACUCCUGUGGCUUGACUACAGCCUAGGAAGCUCAGAGACAUUGACUGAUGGCCAAGAUGGUAAUAAUGACCGAGCUAUUAUAUCAGACUUUGAAAGGCUCCUGCAGUAUCACAUUGAUGAGACAAAAACUCCAUCUGGUGGAGUACUGGAGGAUGAAGACCAAUCCAGAAAAUUUGUGUCAUUACGAAAACUAGAAAUACUCUUGUCAAACAUAAAAAACAGAUUCACCCAAGUGAAAGCACCUGUCAGUAUAAAAGACAAUCAAGCAGAAACAGACAAGACAAACUGCAUCAACGAUGAUUGUUUCACUCGCAAUGAAAAUGAAGACCUAACCAACCUGAAAGGAGAACAUUUCUCUGGGGAGGGAGACAUCCAAACCCCAACACUAACAGACAAAUAUAAACCUGAGCCUGCAGUGAUGGAAUAUCUUUUUUCUUCUGCACGUCAAGUCACUGGUGAUGCUGUUGCUCAUAUACUGACAGUUAAGGCUCUUCUAAAAUGGCUCACUGUACAGGUCCUGUCAUCCCUUCCUGAUGACAUAAGGCCAGGUCCUGACCUGUAUGGACUGCCAUGGGAAGCUGUCAUCGUCACUGCCUUACUAGGGUUGGGCACUCUCCUAUUGUUCAGCUGCAGGUUCUACCAAUGUAUAAAGAGCAGACUGUAUUCAAGCAAAGAGAGGCGGAUGGGKCUGAAGGUGGCUGAACUAUUAGAUGAAAAGUGCAAAGUCCUUGAGACUUUGAGUGAGGUUCAACAAAAUUAUGAAGAACUGGAAACUGCCCUGCGGAAUAGUGGCGUUUUGGCUCAUGUCGCAGAGAGAGAGAAUCUGGAGGUGAUGUCCCAGAGGCUGAAACAGUCAAAUACACAGCUUGGAAAUGAUAUAGAAAAGUUAAAGGAGGACCUGAAUAUCCAAAGAGCGAGGAGGUUGCAGCAGGAGGAGACAAUUGCAGAUAUGCAGGAAACCUUGAAAACCUUAGAAGAAGAAACCAGAGACCUCAAGUCCCAGACAGAACAGGCACAGACAACCCUGAAAAUAUUUGACAUGAACAGUGAAAGGAAUCAGAAUAAUCUGGAGGCAGCAAAAGAAGAGAAGGUGUUGCUCCAGGAGAAAAAUGGCCAGCUGGUCCAGGAGGCAGAGGGCUGGGGGGAGCGGAUGAGUGAGCUGGAGGAGGAGAUGAGGAUGUGUGAGAGCUCCUACACUGGAAUGCUGCAGGAUGCUACCAACAAAGAUGAGCGCAUCAAGUCCUUGACAGACUGCCUGUUGAAGAUGAAGGACUGGGACUCAGUGCUGGAGGACGGCGCCAACAGAGAGGAGAGGAGUGGGACACAAGGGACAGAGAAUGGAGAAGGACAAGAUAACCAUCAACGACAAAGAAUACAGAAACUCAUUCAUGCAGCUAAGAUGAAUGCAGACUUGAAGUCGGUGGAUGAAGACAAGGACAGGGUGUUUGCUAAGCUAGCAGAUGAAGUCAAGGCCAAGGAGGAUCUCCAAGAGGGGAUUAAGAACCUGGAGAAUGAGAAGGCCUCUCUGCAGACAGACAGUGAGAAGUACACGAGCCAGGUGCAGAAACUCCAGCAGAAACUGCAGAUCAUGACAGAGAUGUACCAGGAGAAUGAGCUCAAACUACACAGGAUGUUGACUGUGGAGGAGAGGGAGCGUCUGCAGAAGGACGAGAAGCUGACCAAGGCUGACAAGAGCAUCACCCUGGCCGUGGAGGAGCUCAACAGCUACAGGCAAAGGGCACAAGAKCUGGAGGAUGAGCUGGAGAAGACUAACCAGGCCUACAAAACCCAGAUAACUUCUCAGGAAAAGAAGGCACACAAUAACUGGCUAGCAGCACGAGGUGCUGACCGUGACCUGGCUGAAGUUAAAAGAGAGAAUGCACACCUCAGGCAGAAAUUGACUGAUACUCAGUUCAAGCUGGAGGUUGUGGAGAAAGACCCCUAUACUCUGGACAACAUGGACAGACCUCUGUUCAGAGGUGAAAGGUCACCGUAUGGCCCCUCCCCCRUACAUCGCCCAGCCUCUGAGAACAGAGCCUUCCUGUCUCCGCCUACCCUGAUGGAUGGCCCGCCCCGCCUCUCUCCAAACUUCCCCCCCAUGGGACCAGGAGGCAGAGUAUCCCGAGGCCUGUUAGAUCCCCCUGGUGGGGUGGACUCUGAUCGUAGUGGUGGUCCUCUCUCUGACAGCGGCUCGAUAUCUCCCACCUGGGAGAGGGAUCGCAGGGGCCCACCUAUACACCCUCCAGGGUAUAUGUAUCUAGACCCAGGCCUUCCCUACAGGAGACCUCUGCCCGGAGCCCUUCCUAUGGGCCCCCUACCACCCAGGGGCCCCGGUCCUGCUGAGUCCCACAGCUUUGGCCACCAACCUGACUCAUCAUUUAUGGGAAACAGUAUGGGUCCUGGUGAAAAUGAAAGAGACUCCCAUCUGUCAGCACCUGGAGAUCUGAGAGACAUGAGGAUGGGACCUCCUCUCUUAGUACCCCCUGGUAUGGGUCCUCUCCCACCCAUGGAGCACAGGGACCCUUACUUUGCACGCAAAGGCCCUUACGGACCUCCAGACUUUUUCUCCCCACGAGGUCCAGCCCCCAUGGGCAUGCGAGGACCACCUCCCCCGGGAAUGUUUGGGCGAGUCCCCCCUCCACCGCCGCAGCACAGUUUUCUCCCUGGACCCCCUCCAAGGCCCUCCCCACCUGGCAGCGAAGUGUCUUCUGACCAGUCCCCCUCUCCACAUGAUGUUAUCUGAGCCAGCUCUCUGUGUGGGAGAAACUCUCUCUCGGCCCGCUUCCUGUGUGAAACUUCACUUCCUGUUGUUGUGAUAGUAGUGAGCGACUGAGCGUGUGUUCAGGGACUGUUUCCUGAAGUGUAACUUCAACAUUCAUGUGACUCUUUAAAAAAGGGAGAGAGUCUGGGAGUGGAAUUGUUUCCCCCGCAGUCUGUUGCACACACAAACAUAGAUCACUGUGUCUUAGGACUUAAUGAGAGAACAAUACAGUACCACUAGGAGUUUUACACAACUGGAAGUACUGAGUGAACAUUUAUGUAACAGUUUUUUUGUAGAUUCACAUAGCUGUAUGAGUCAUAAUACCCAUAAAACCUAGCAGUCAAACAGGGAAUUGUUUCCAAUUGUUUUUCCAACCAUUUUCCCAUAGGGGAUUUUAGAAACACUUAAAAUGGAUGAAUUGAGGCAAAGGUAAGAAUCUCUGUAUUACGAUCUAAUUUUCGCUAAAUGUAUCCUGAACAAAAAUAUAAACGCAACAUGCAAGAAUUUUUAGGAUUUUACUGACAGUUCAUAUGAGGAAAUCAGUCAA